AUGUCACCCCAUCUCUCUUUCUUUCCCUUCAACAGGAUCGCGAUGCCAUCGAGCAAACCUGAGGGCCAGCAGGCGUCAUGCAUUCUCAAGUUUGUCGUCGUGGGCGGGGGAAUUACGGGCCUUGCGACCGCGUAUUCGCUCCGUACCGCCGGCCACGAUGUUGUGGUUGUGGAGAAGCGAAACCUUACGCAGCCGACGCAAGGGAGCAUCCGCUGCCCGCCUAACAUGACGCGGGUCCUCUCUCGAUGGCCAGGCAUGGACAGCUUCUUGUUCAAUUCUGCGUCCGAAGUCUCUGGCAUCACCAGCCUGUCGUUCCGUAUCGGCGAGACAUCAGAAACGGUCGGGUCCAUGAAAUUCUACCACGAAAUCAUGGAACAGCUCGGCGCAGACUUCUUGGUGCUGCAGCACAAUGACCUGCAGCGAGAAAUCUUAUCGCUUUGCAUUGCGUCUGGAGUCGAAAUGGUUUGCGGGACUGUCGUUGACGUGGUGGUCCCAGAAGACGCAGGCGAUUUCUCGGUCAAUAUUGUCUUGGAGGAUGGAGGAAUCAUCCAUGGAAAUAUUGCCAUUGGGGCUGACGGUCACAAUAGUCUUCUGCGCUCGUUCGUCACGGCGGAAGAGUCUUUCGCGAACGACACAAGGAUUGUUACGGGAGUUGACAUCGCCAUUCCGACAAAAGCCCUGCUCGAACAUGAGCAUCUUGCAUCUCUCUGCGAGGAACAACAGUUUACGAUCUGGAUGGGUUCCGGGUCCAGCAUUACCGCGGUACUCGAUAAAAGCUGUGAAUUCAUGAAUCUGGGGAUCUGCACUCCCAUGCCGAUCGAAAACGAACGGCCGCUCGCUGAUGGGCAAGACCUCAAUGCCAUAUCCGACGACUGGAGCGAAACAUCACAACUUCCCAUUGACAUAUCGGCUUACGAUCCAAGACUUCAUGCAGCAAUCCAACUGCGGACAAUCAACCCCGACGGGACUGUCAUACUCGUUGGUGAUGCUGCUCAUUCAGUCCUGAUCCAUGGAAGCCACAACACGUCAAUGGGGAUCGAAGAUGCCGUUACCUUGGGCGCGCUGUUCUCUCACCUCCAGAACCGCAAAGAAAUCGCCGUUUUCCUUGAAACAUACGAAGAGCUGCGCCAGAACCGCGUCCAGGCAGCGGGCGAGUCAGAGUACCAGUCGCUGCUGAUGAUCUGUCUUCCUCCUGGACCCGAGCGCGAUGGGCGCGACGAGACGCUGAAGCUGACUAAAGACCGCGAGUUUGAAGAUUUCGACAACUGUGACCCGGAGUCGGAUGUGUUGGUGCAGACAUGGGAGCAGUACCUGAUGUUGUUCAACUACGAUGCGAAGGAGGCUGUGGAUGAUUGGUGGUCGAUGUGGUCGUUCACGAUGCAGUAA